UACCUAGUGUGUAAAAGAAAGCUGGAGAGUAAAAAGGAAGCUCUGCUGAUCCUCUCCAAGGAGCUGGACACAUGCCAGCAAGAAAGGGACCAGUACAAACUCAUGGCCAAUCAGCUUCGAGAGCGCCACCAAUCCCUGAAGAAGAAAUACCGAGAGUUGAUCGAUGGAGAUCCAUCACUUCCCCCUGAAAAAAGGAAACAGGCUAAUCUUGCACAGCUACUGAGAGAUUCUCAGGACCGAAAUACACAUCUGGGAGAAGAAAUUAAAGAACUUCAGCAAAGGCUUGCAGAAGUCCAGGGUGACAAUAAGCUCUUGAGAAUGACAAUUGCCAAACAGAGGCUUGGAGACGAAGAAAUUGGUGUGCGACACUUCGCAGCUCAUGAGCGUGAAGACUUGGUUCAGCAGCUGGAGAGAGCCAAGGAGCAGAUUGAGUCUCUGGAGCAUGACCUACAGGCCUCUGUGGAUGAGCUUCAGGAUGUGAAAGAGGAGCGGUCUUCCUACCAGGACAAAGUGGAGAGGCUCAACCAGGAGCUAAACCGUAUCCUGGGCGGGCACGAGAACCGUCUCAUUGACGUGGAUGCCCUCUGCAUGGAGAACAGGUACCUUCAAGAGAGACUAAAGCAACUUCAUGAAGAGGUCAACCUCUUGAAAUCAAACAUUGCCAAGUACAAGAAUGCUCUCGAGAGACGGAAAAACUCAAAAGGCCAGAGUAAAUCCAGCAGCAGUGCGCUAACUGGAGUCUUGUCUGCAAAGCAAGUUCAGGAUCUGUUGUCUGAGGAUCAUGGGUGCAGUCUCCCAGCUACUCCACAGUCCAUUUCUGAUCUGAAAUCUCUGGCAACGGCCCUACUAGAGACAAUCCACGAGAAAAACAUGGUCAUCCAGCACCAGAGGCAGACCAGCAAAAUCCUAGGGAAUCGGGUGGCUGAAUUGGAGAAAAAGUUAAGAACUCUGGAAGUUUCUGGUUUGUGGAGUCUUCCAGGCCUGAGCUACAAUGUUUCAGUAGGAUUCGGGAGGGGCAAGGACACCAUACUGUUCGGCGACCCCGCUGUUCCCACCAUACAGAGAUCAAGGUCUCCCCUGCUGAAGUUCAUCGAGCAGCCUGCUGAGAACAAAACGAAUUCCAAGGACGGGGAGAUCCAGACGCAAGAACGAGAUGAAAGUCGUGCCGCCACCGAGGCAUUGACAGCACCCGAGGACGCGGGAAGGCCCGCCAUCAGCUCCCCGGCAAACCAGAGCCACGGGAACCAACGCAACCCCUUUCAUCCUUCAUUACCGCAGGUACCCUCUGAGGAAGAAGAAAUGAACAGGCUUGGAAGGGAAAUCACGAAACUGACAGAGGCACAGGCAGAGGCAGAACCAGAAGGGGCCAGAAGAGCAGGUCCCGGGGAGGCUCAGAGGAACGAGAUGGGGACAGCCACGCUGGGCCUGACCUCCAGGGGGGAGGCCCCCAAAUCUUGCCAGGGCCCCAUUGAGUCCAGCCAGGCAGCGGCCGAAGCCUCCGCCGUGGAGGACAGCAAGGAGACCCUGGAGGGUGCAGGCAGGAGGAGCCCCGUGAAAACAUGAAGGGGAAAGGGAUCCCCGCGAUGUCGCGUCAGAGGCACAGGGGACAGUAAAGAAUCAAGCAUCAGAGCAGCUUUCGGAGGCGACUCUCUCCUAAAACACUUCCAAGUCUGCAAGUGAGAAGGGACACAGGUCCUGUUGCAAACUGAACAUGCUGAUGAUGCCAGCACAGUGCGAUUUAUUAAAUGCCGGUCCUCAAGCUUCCCAGUGUCCUCUCUUUGUGCCGAAGACGUGCUGCGGUGAACACGGCCGGGCGCAGCAUCGUGUCCCCCACACGGCUGGGUUUUGGCUUCCGUCUUUCUGUCGGCGUUUGUUUUAUUAGAGAUAAGAUGUUUUUCUCUUAGCA